AUGCCGAAGUCGAAAAUGAGCCCGAGUGCUUUGGUGAGCGUGUUCGGAGUGGACAUAUUCUCCAAUGACGGCAACGUUAUCCUGUGUAAACUGUGCGUCAAGUCAUUCACGGAACCAACGAAGUUCCGAAUCGGUCAACAUAUUGCAACGAAGAAUCACAAGGAUGCUGUCGAGCGAUCGGUGCGUGCGUUCAUGAAUGCGGACAUACCUCUCCACAAGCUUUCGAAUGCCGCCUUGAAAGAUUUCUUGGAGAAGUAUUCCUCUAUGAAAGUCCCCGAUCAGUCCACGCUCCGGAAGAAUUACGCGCCGCUCAUACAUGCGAGAGUGAUUGACGGAAUACGGCAAGAGAUCGGAUCAUGUAAAAUAUACGUUUCGAUUGAUGAAACGACUGACAGUGCAGGACGAAGCAUCGCAAACAUCGUAGUCGGCAAGUUGGAGCGGACUCAUCUUGGUAAGGGGCACCUCUUGAUGUGUGAGCUACUCGAGAGAUGCAACGCGACUUCCAUCGCUCAAAUCUUCGUAAAGUCGAUGGAAUUCGUCUGGCCCGAAGGCGUCCAACACGAUCGUGUGCUUCUUUUCGUGACGGACGCGGCUCGCUACAUGGUGAAAGCAGCGAAGAGUUUGAAAAUUUUGUUCCCGCGCUUGAUUCACUUGACGUGCAUUGCUCACGGCUUGCACAGAGUCGCGGAAGAAGCCCGUACCCUCUUCCCAAAAGUAGAUCGACUGAUUGCGUCUAUGAAAAUGGUGCUCUUGAAAUCCCCGUGCCGGAUCGCACUCUUCAGGGAGCGCGUCGAGCUACCACUGCCUCCAAAGCCGGUUCUGACACGGUGGGGCUCUUGGAUUAAGACAGCGGAGUACUACGCCGAGAAUUUCGAAAUCUUGAGGAACUUCGUGCUUGAAGAUUUGGAUGAGAAAGAUGCGGGGUCAAUCAAGGAAGCAAAGAAUCUCUUUCUUGACGAAACGAUCCGAGCCAAUCUUGUCGCGAUCGCCUCGAAUCUCUCCGACAUACCCCACUGCAUAACUGCGCUUGAGGAGUACGGACUUUCUUUAGAGAGACAUUCAGCUCCUCGCAAAAUAUCGCAGCGGCUCUCGUGCGGCCUGACACCCGACCUGAACGCCCAGUAG